AUGUCAGGCAACAAAGAAAUGAAGAGUCAAGGAAUUCCUGAAGAAGCUCUGGCUAACCGAGGCACGUCUUCAUUAACCGCUGCUGUAGAGCAAGUUGCAAAGCAACAACAAUCACAAACAUCAGAGAUAGAAAAAAAUAAAAAAGUUCUAUUCCAUUUGCAGGAUGAACUCCAUGAGCUUGAAAAACAAAUAGCAUCUGUCUCUGCAGAAACUAAAGAAACAGAAAGGCAAAUUUAUCAGCAAGAUGCUGCCAUCGAGAAUACCAAACUACAGUGUGGGAACCUGGAAACUCAAAUCAAAUCCUUACAUACAGAAAAUGUAAAGCUUAAAUUUGACAUAGAAGGAGCUCAAGAAGACUUUGAGGAACACAUGAUAAGAUAUAAUGAAUAUUAUGCAAAAAUAAAAGAGCAUAAAGAUAGUUUGUGGGAGGCUGGAAGCAAAAGGUCAUUCAUGACUACACUCCAUGAAAAACGAGAUCUUGUUAGAAAACUAAAAACAAUGAAAGAGGAACUUAUGCAAAAUCUCAAAAAUCCAGAAGGAAACCACAUAAAACAAGCACAGGAAGACAUUAUAAAGCUGAAGGCUAAAAUUAUAGCUGUAAAAGAAUCUAUCAUUGAAAAAACUUUCUUUCUUGAGGAAGAAGAAAAGACACAUGAAAAAUUAAGAAAAGAAAUAGAGGUACAACAUAAGAGAUAUAAUGCAAUUCUUAAGCGUUUGCAUUGUCAAGUGAACAAGCUUCAGUCAAAUAGAAGACAAUGGCAAUCGAACAUUCAACAACUGGAAAAAACUGCAGCUGAACUGAGAAAACGCAUUGGAAUGAAAUACUAA